GCUUAUAUAUGUCAGAUUUGUGUGUGCUGUUCUGAUCUGUCUGUCCACUUUGCUUUGCUAAAGCCAACCCGGGCCAUCUUUAAAAGAUCCCCAAACGCUGCCCUAUUUCUUCUCAUCAAUGGAGGGGCCAAAACGUUAGAGUAACAAAAGCUAGUGUGGAAAACCCAAUACUCUAACUAAUUGUUGCUUUAUUCAUAGUAUAUAGACACUUCUUCUUCCACCAUUAAACUCGUACCAUAUUUCCAAAACCAGCUUGCCUGGCCUAGCCAUGCCUGCCCUUCACUCCGUCGCCCCAAAGCCAGAGGGUUCCAGUCCUGAAAGUAUGGCCGCCGCCGCCGCCCCCACCGUAGCUCAGCCCUGCCUCCACACCAAUACACAGUCAUUCCUGCAAAGAAGUCUCUAUCCCAUAGUCCUGAAGUUUGAAGAUGUUGUGUACAAAAUAGAAGGGAAAGGGAAGAGUUCAUCAAGCAGCAGUAAAGGGAAGACAAUUCUUAAUGGAUUGACAGGUAUGGUGAGUCCAGGGGAGAUAUUAGCGAUGCUAGGUCCAUCCGGUAGUGGGAAAACCACGCUGCUAACCGCUGUCGGCGGUCGGCUUCACGGGAAGCUCUCGGGGAAGAUCACUUAUAACGGGCAGCCUUACUCCGGGUCCAUCAAACGGCAGACGGGGUUCGUGGCGCAGGACGAUGUCCUGCACCCGCAUCUCACCGUACAAGAAACUCUCAUGUUUACUGCACUGCUGAGGCUCCCUCAGAGCCUGAGCAGGGAGGAGGUCUCGGAUCACGUGGAGAGCGUGAUCACGGAGCUCGGGCUGAGUAAGUGCAGGUGCAGCAUGAUCGGUGGGGCUCUGUUUAGGGGGAUAUCAGGAGGGGAGAAGAAAAGGGUCAGCAUUGGUCAAGAGAUGCUGAUCAACCCCAGCUUGCUGCUGCUGGAUGAGCCUACUUCUGGGCUGGACUCAACCACUGCUAUGAAGAUCUUAACCACCGUCAAGCAGCUCGCCACGGGUGGCCGAACGGUGGUUACCACCAUCCACCAGCCGUCUAGCCGCCUCUAUCAUAUGUUUGAUAAGGUUAUAUUGCUAUCUGAAGGUUGCCCCAUUUACUAUGGUUCUGCCCCUAAUGCCUUGCAAUACUUCUCUUCCAUUGGGUUUUCUACUCCUCUCACAGUCAAUCCUGCUGAUCUCAUGCUUGAUCUUGCUAAUGGUAUUAGGCCAGAUUCCAACAGUGCUAUGGAGCAAGGGAACAGUACAGAACAGGAGAGGAGAGGUGUUAGGGAAACUCUCUUAUCUGCUUAUGAAAAGAACAUUUCAACAACAUUAAAAACUGAGCUGUGCAGUUUGGAUAAUGGUCAAAACUACAGUUACACCACUGAUGCUUCCAGAAAAAGUAAGGGGAAAGGAGAUCAGUGGUGCACAAGCUGGUGGCAUCAAUUCAAGAUACUUCUGUUGAGAGGACUGAGGGAAAGGAGAUAUGAUGCCUUCAACAAGCUUCGAAUCUUCCAAGUCAUAAGUGUUGCAUUUCUUGCAGGGCUUUUGUGGUGGCACACUCCACCUUCCCACGUUGCAGACCGAGUUGGGAUGUUAUCAUUCUUUGCAGUAUUUUGGGGUUUCUACCCACUCUACAAUGCAGUUUUCACAUUUCCUCAAGAAAGAAGAAUGCUAAUUAAAGAAAGAUCAUCAGGAAUGUACAAGCUCUCAUCCUACUUUCUAGCCAAAACAAUGGGAGAUCUGCCACUGGAACUAGCAUUACCAACAGCAUUCACUUUCAUCCUUUACUGGAUGGGUGGCCUCAAAGCUGACCCUCUCACCUUCACCCUAUCUCUACUAAUAGUCUU